AUGGCGGAGCGCGGGGGAGAGAGAGGCGGCUUCGGCCGUGGAUUUGGCCGCGGCCGCGGCGACCGCGGGCGUGGUGACCGGCGGGGAGGCAGAAGAGGGGGCCGCAACCGCGACGAGGAGGAGAAGUGGGUCCCCGUCACCAAGCUCGGCCGCCUCGUGAAGGACGGUAAGAUUCGAAGCCUGGAGCAGAUCUACCUCCACUCCCUCCCAGUGAAGGAGCACCAGAUUGUGGAGACUCUCCUCGGCCCGCAGCUCAAGGAUGAGGUGAUGAAGAUCAUGCCUGUGCAGAAGCAGACUCGCGCCGGGCAACGCACACGUUUCAAGGCCUUCGUCGUUGUGGGGGACGGCAGCGGCCACGUCGGUCUUGGGGUGAAGUGCUCCAAAGAGGUGGCGACGGCGAUCCGGGGCGCUAUCAUCCUGGCGAAGUUGUCGGUUGUCCCGGUGAGGAGGGGAUAUUGGGGUAACAAGAUCGGGAAGCCGCAUACCGUCCCGUGCAAGGUCACCGGAAAGUGUGGUUCUGUUACUGUGCGAAUGGUUCCUGCGCCACGAGGGGCGGGGAUUGUGGCCGCUCGUGUACCUAAGAAGGUCCUCCAGUUCGCCGGCAUUGAGGAUGUGUUUACCUCGUCCCGUGGAUCCACCAAGACCCUUGGUAACUUCGUGAAGGUCUGUUCUAGCCACUUAUUAUUAUCACAUCAGAUAAAAUUAAUUCUUCUCCAUGCAUAAUUUUUCAGGUCGGUUGUAGACUUUCCUAGCAUUUUGUUCUGGUUCACAAUAUCCUUCCCCAUUAUCGAUAAAUGUUGUAGCUAUGUUCUCGAGCUGUACAUUCGACGUAUGGUUGAUGGUUUUCCGCAGAACUAACCCGAACAUCAGACACAUGCGAGGGAAAUCGUUGUACUAGAUACAUCCUGUCUUAUUAAAAAUGUUCUGUACAGCUUCUACCAAGUCAGACUUUCUAGAUAGAGUUCAUAAAUUUUCUACAUUUUAGGGCAAGUGGCCGAUUAUUUUUUGGAUCAAGGUGAGGCAGUUUGCAUGUGGUGUACAUCCGCAGAUUCCUUCUCUUGUUCAUCUACUCCUAAUCGCAGAUUCUCAUACCGAAUAUGAAUUUGAGACAUUCAUCAACGCCUAAGAUAUUUACAUUAGCUCGAAUCUCAUGUCGAAUUGUCACUGUUGCAGAUUCUCAGAUGUUCUAAAUUCGAUGACCUUACGUAAAUAUAAUAAUCCUGGUGGAUCAGAGAUCAAUUUUGGCUAAGCUUUUUUAUUGGGCUCAUAGAGCUUAAGCUUCUGGGUCGGCGUAUUCAGAUUCUUCAAGCUUCAUCAGCUCCUAAUCUUGACAACAUAGUAUUUAAUUAGGGUUUGAUGGAGACUUUAUGAGUAUAUAUAAAUCAUCUGUGGAGGUUAGUCCAUAGAAUCGCAUAAUUCCGAGGGUGUGCAUCCGAUUGUUGUCUAAGAAGUUGACCCUUGUUCUUGAUGUAGUUGACGUAUGAAACCCAUUAAUGCGAGAUCUUGCCCUCCAUCACCUGGAGCGUUGCUGUGACUCACCAUGAUGAAUAUGACAGCUUUCUUCUCGUCUUGUCAGUGGAAGAGCAUCUCAGAUAUUUCCUUUGUUGCAGGCUACUUUCGAUUGCCUCAUGAAGACUUACGGGUUCCUCACGCCAGACUUCUGGAAGGAGACCCGCUUCGCAAAGUCUCCUUUCCAGGAGUUCACCGACCUCCUGGCAAAGCCAGUCGGCAAGGCCCUCAUCACCGAGGACGGGGAGAAGCUCGAGGCUUAG